GAACCCAAAAAGCAUUUUAGAGGGAAGGAGGGAGAUAAGGAUUUCCCAAUUUUAAUUUUUCCCCCAAAACGGAUCAGCGCCACGAUCCCACUAGAGGUUGAUCCAUGGAGGGUGUUGGUGCCCGUCUCGGCCGUUCUUCAACUCGCUACGGACCCGCCACCGUCUUCACUGGCCCCGUCAGGAAGUGGAAGAAGAAAUGGGUCCACGUUGCGCCCUCUACCGCCGCUUCCAACAACCAUUCUCACUCUCAGCGCCACACCACCCCCACUAAUGUAACCACCAAUGGCACUGCCAAUCCUACUAAUAACGCUUCCCAUCUUUUGCUUUACAAAUGGACGCCUAUUUCCCAGAGUCUCAACAAUGGCAACAACGAUGACAAGAACGCCGGCAAAGAUGAGACCCCUACGGUGACGGAGGAGCCUCCUCGCCGGAAAUUCAAAUACAUUCCGAUUGCUGUAUUAGAGGAACAGAAAAACGAGGCUGCAGAAAAUGAAGCUGCUGACAAAGUUGAAUAUGAAGCUAACAAAUCAAAUGAUGUUGAACCAGGAAGUGCAGUGGCGAGUGCCAAGGGCGAUCUUCAAGACGAGAAACCAAAUAUUAACGAUGUCCCAAUGGACGAAAGUCAGGACAACGACCAUGUAGUGCGCCAAGAUUUGAACGAAAGUACUUUGGAUUUAAGUCUGAACUUGAAUGCUCUCAACGACGAUGGCGAAGCUGGUUCAAAAGCUGAUCACAUUAGAGAUGGCAAGAGGAAGAGCUAACUUUUAGAAGCAGCUGCAAUUUCGUCCUUACAAAUUCAAUUCUCUUGUUGGAACUGUGUUACUUGACAUCCCACAUCUCUGCUAAUCCUGGAAGUAUAUGGUUCUUCAAUACUAGUAUGAUAUGAUUGCUUAUUUGAGCUAAUUUUGAUUUGUUCACAGAAAAAGAUAAACAGUACCAUAUUUUAUCUUUGAAAUUCGAUAUCGAUGUUAGAAGCUGUAUCGAGAGUCGAGGGAAUUGUGUACGAUUAUCCCCACUGAGGAUUUAGCUUUAUUUGGUUUCUGUCAAAUGAUUAUCUAAUGGACCCUAAGAGUUAAGAAA